AUGUCAACUGUAUCCAAUUCUACAAUUGCUCCAAAAAAGAAAAAAAUUUUAAUGCUACAUGGACAUGCUCAAAGUGAUAAAGUUUUUUCAUCUAAAACAGGUGGAUUAAGGAAAACUUUAAAUAAAUUGGGUUAUGAAUUAUAUUAUCCAUGUGCACCAACUGAAAUCGUUCCAUGUGAUUUCCCAGAAAAUUUGGACAUUGCUUCUACUUUUAAUACUACCUCGGGUACUAAUAUGUAUACUUGGCUACUCAGAGAUCCAAUAACACAAUACGAACAAAUUCCAGAGAUCACAAAAGACUAUUUAUAUAAUUACAUUUUGGAAAACGGCCCUUUUCAUGGUAUAAUUGGUUUCAGUCAAGGUUCAGGAUAUGGUGGCUUACUAAGUACUAAUAUAAACGAAUUAUUAAACUUGACUGAACUAGAGCAAUCACCUUUAAACUUUUUCGUAAAUUUUAGUGGAUAUCGAAUGAAAACACCUGAGUUACAAAAGUAUUAUUCCAAUGAUAUUCUAAAUAUCCCUUCAUUACAUGUCUUGGGUGAGUUAGAUAGUGUUGUUGAAGAAAGUCGUGUCAUGUCAUUAUAUGAUGCUUGUCCAGAAGAUAAAAGAACUUUGCUAAAACACCCAGGCGGUCAUUUUGUUCCUAAUUCUAAAUCCUUUGUUACUAAAGUGGCUAAUUGGUUACAAGUUGUUGAUGGUGGAAUAUCCGAACAACAAAAGGAAAUUAUUAAUAAAGAUGAAACUUCAACAAGCAAUGAAACUUCAAAUAAACCCAUGCUAGACGAUGAUUUAUUAGAUAUCAUCGAUGGUCUCGGUAAGAUUUAA